GGGAAAAACCAAAACUUUUGAGUCAAAUAUGUAAAUAAGUUCUAAAUACUGACGUUAUAUUAAUUUACCGAACGAGCUUAAACCCAACAAGCCCCUAAAAGAAGAGGGGCCAAAAAAAAAAAAAUGAGACAAUGGAGAAGCAUAGCAAAAGAAGCCAUGGAUCGAGCUUCCAUUAUCGUUAAAUUCCUUUGCUUGCUACACGUCACCGACGCCUACGUAGUAUCAUCCAACCAUGUUCUGGGUCCUAGUAUGCUCCCAACGUUAAACAUAACCGGCGACGUCGUACUUGUGGAACACUUGUCUCAUCGGAUAGGCAAACUGGGUUCGGGUGAUUUGGUCUUGGUUCGGUCGCCGCUCGACCCUAAUAAGACCCUAACUAAGCGCAUUGUAGCCAUGGAAGGUGAUAGAGUUACUUUCUCGUUAGACCCCACUCGGAGCUUCAGCUCCCGUUCUCUUGUGGUUCCAAAGGGGCAUGUUUGGAUUCAAGGGGAUAACUUGUAUGUUUCACGUGAUUCACGGCAUUUUGGUCCUCUUCCUUAUGGGCUUAUUGAAGGGAAAGUGUUUAUGAGGGUAUGGCCACCUAACAGCUUUGGUUUAUUGGGUUAAUGAGAGAAUACAUUCAAGGUAUAUAGUUCGCUGUUAGUGCUUUUAAGACUUGUGAUAAUGUUCGAGAAUGGUCUUUUCUGGUGCUAGUUUUAAAUGAUGUACAAUUGUUUUUUUUUUUUUUUUAAUUCUUAACCCUUCCCCUAUUCCCAACUGUGGUUUGUUUUGUACCAAAGAAUAAAUAUCGUACUGUGGUUUUCUUCCUUAGCUAGGGGAACUGCAUAGUAUUGAUGCAAAGUUUUUCCCCAUUUUCAGUAGAAGUGUUGAAAGCCAGUUCACUUAUGUUUUCGGAAACUCAAGAAAAAAAGUAUCUUCUGCCUCUCUCUAAAACUCAAGAAAACCCUAUGCCUUUGGCUUGUGCGACUGGCUCUCCUCAGCCGACCAUCCUCAACCUUAAUCUUUUUUGUUCCGGUUACUUUUUCCAUUUCCCCUCCCCCCUGCUUUCCUGCAUGUUUGGCCUUGGUUAGACUUUUGCCAGCAGUCUUGGCUGAUUCUGCUUGAUGGGGACAUUUUUCUACCUUCCACUUGUGGGAGUGGUUUUUAUUCUCUUGCCAAAUGCGCACGAAGGGAGAGAUCAUCUUCCCUCUGAUGUUUGAUGCCACUGUGGUUAUACUCAGGGGCCGAAGGUUGCUGCUAGGUUAGUUGGUUUCCGAUGGUUAGGCCUCCAGGUUUGUCUUUCUGCGCGUUGGGCUGUGGUUGCUGGAGGCUGUGGUCUUGGUUUUCUUUGCCUUUUGAUUUUCUGCUUUGUGGUUGCAUUGCCCUGCCCUGGUUUUGUUGCAAGUUUUCGGCUCCUGUCUAGCGAGAGCAGAGGGCUACAGAAAAACGGGAAUCAAUGCAGCAGGGCCUUUGCCCUCAUAGCUGGUGCCCUUGCUCCGGGCUUGAUUCCUCUCCUGUUCUCGCAUUUGAAGGGAUGGUGGCAGCCUUGCUUGUUUACAUAGAGCUGCCUGGGGCUCUGCUUUGGCAUGGGUCUGUUUGCUGCUCUUGUUGGGUGGCUUUAUUGGGGCUGUAGUGCCUGUAUCACUUUUUAAUCUUAAUGAAGUUACCCUUCUGUUCCAAAAGAAAAGAAAAAGACAAUUGAAAGCCAAAAUUUGGCUACUUCCAACU